GCGCGCCACUCGGUCCGGGUCCCUCAUUCUGCCGGUCUUACUAGCCUCCCCGCCUGCAACUGAGCCACAGCAAUCGGUCAUCCGCCGAAAAUAAUGCGAUCCAAUUGCAUCGCCUGCUUUGCUAACUUGCCUAUCCAUCUGAUCUUUCUGCUCUGAGCAUCCGGAGUCCGGUAGCAUUCCUCGCCUGCCGAUUCACCCUGCGUGGAUCCCAUUGACAUCAUUGUCUCAUUCGUUCAUUCUUCCCUUUCCGAGUCGAUCCUAGCUCUCUCCUCCGCAUCGGAGCCCACGCCACCACCAUGUCGCGAGCAGGAACCUGGUUGAAGAUGCUCGGCACCGGUGCCGUCAUCUGCAUCGGCGGUCCGGCAUUCGUGCAAUCGAUCCGUCCCUCCGACGAGGAGCUAUUCAAGCGCUACAACCCCGAGCUACAGAAACGGAGUCUAGAGGAGGGUGAUCGCCGGGCGCAGGAAUUCGACGACUACGUGAACCGGCUCAAGCAGUGGUCGAAGUCGGAUAAGUCGAUCUGGUACGCCGCGCAAGAACAACAAGAGCAGAAACGAAACGACCUCUCAGCCCAGAAGAGCCAAGCGAAAGAGGAAGCCAAGACGCAGCGCGAGGAAAUGCGCAAGGAAUUGCUGGGUGAUAAAUAGAGUGGUUGAUUUAUGUUAUGGUCAAUAUCUACGGGGCACGAUAUAGGCUGGGAAAGGUCGCAUCUUAACUGACUGUAUCUGUAUUUAUAUCGAUCGCAUGAGGGUGGAUUCAUGGGCACGAUCACCCGCUCGUUCCGGUCCUACCUACUUACUGACUAUCUACUCCUAACAAUUGUGCAAGGAGCAGCGGGUUGAAAUAUAUGGAGUUAUGGGUUAGUGCUUUGAUGCUUGUAUUAUUAUCUACCUUUUGGAUGGGAUUGGAUGAGCGAAUGAUGAUAUGGUUGUUUUCGUUAUACUCUGUAGAAUAAUGGGGCCG